AUGGUUCCUCCUCGGCCAGCCUUGGCUCAAAGCGAGUCCAAAGCCCGGUUCUUCGAAAGACUAGGCCUCGACGAAGGAAAUGAAUUCCAUCGCAGAGUGUAUGCGAUGAUGAAGGAAGAAGCAGUCGAAGGCCGACGACGGAUGACCGAAAGCCAGGAUGUCCUCGUGCCUUCGUUACGGGGAAACGCAAGCGUCGAGCCUCCAUACAGCAACGCGCAAAUCAGCGAGACCGUAACGCAUCGAGAGAUCCUGCGGAUAUAUCGACUUGCACGACCGGAAACCAGAGUCGUGUACGACCUUGGGCGCGACACCGAUCGAGUCGAAGAGGAGAACUGGGUCAUUCGCUGGAUGCUCUGGCACGUCUUUCGAUACCGAGACAGUCGCAAUCGAAACCGUCGAGUCAUCUCGCCCAGUCCGGAACGAAGUUCAGGUUCCCAUAGUGGUCACCGACCCAUGACAUCCUCCAGUGACGGACACCAUCCAUCAUCUUCGCACUAUUCAUCGAGCGGUCGACCCGGAGCUAACGCCAACCGACAGAGCUAUUACUGGGAUCCUGUGCGCAACGCUUGGGCCCUUUCAUCAGGAAGAUAA